AUGAUUUUUGUACUUAAACUAAGUUUUUCUUGGUUUUUUAAAAGAGACACAACUUUUGACCUUCAUUUUGAUAAUGAGGAUUUAUAAUUGACCACAUUGUUAGAUGAUGAUAAUUUAAUUUGUGAAGCACAAUAUGAAAAUAAAAAAAUUUUCGAUUUGUAAUAUUUUGAAUCGAUUAAUAGUAUUUAGAAAGAUCACAUACUUGAAUUAAUCAAAUAUAUAACACAAAUGCCUGAAGAUGAUUCAAAUUCAAAAAGAGCAUAUCGCUAUCCUUUUUAUUCAAGUAAACUAUUAAAUUGCAUUGGUAAAUAUAAACCUGAGUUUUUUGUAUAAGAUGAUAAGUAAGUUAAAUCUGUUUAUUAUGAAGAUUUUUUCUUUAUAAGAUAUUCAACUUUUUUCAACAAGAUUAAGAUGUUAAUUCAGUAUUAGUUGCAUAUGUUGUAGAUUUACUACAAUAAAUUUCAAUUGAAAUUGUUGUCAAUGAAUUUUUUGAAAAUCAAAAUAUUUAAUAAGGAAUGAUAAGAUAGUUAUAAUCUCGCUCAGUAUCUGAUUUUUUAGUAUAUUUACUUUAAGAAAAGAUUUUUGAUGAAUCUAAAUAUAAAAAUAAAAAAAUCAAUUUGUUAUAAAAUAUUUUAAGAAGAUUAGAUGAUUCAACCAAUUUUGAAGUAUUUUAUAUAUUUUAAUAAUAGAUAUCCUCUAAUAUUUCUUAUAUAAUAUAAGAAAUGAUUAAGGAAAGAGAUCAUCCACAAUGGUAUAUAGAUAUUUUUUUUGGAGAAUUUAUUGAAAAUCUCUGUAAACAAAUAAUUAAAAAGAAUAAUUAUCUUUCUCUUUAAUCAAGUCGAAUACUUUUUAAUUUGCUUUUUUAUAUUGAAGAAAAUAAAAAAAAUGAACAGUAUAGAAAAGAAUUUAGUAUUGUGAUUGAUACAGAUAUAGUUUUUUCAAAAAUAGUAACAUAUGUUGGUGAUUGGAUUGAUUUUUUAUUGUUUUAGAAUUCUCAUAUUUUAGGGGAAUAGAAACUAAAAAUCCUUGAAAUUAUUGGAGUUGGAGUUUCUUUAAAGAAUGAAUCUUUUAUUAAUAAACUUUAUAAAAGUAAUAUCUUUAAAGUUUAUAAUUAAUUAUUUAUUACUUAUGAGUAACAUGACAUAUUGCAUUUUUAAUAUUACAAUUUGAUAAAUAAGAUAAUAGAAAAUUAGAUUGAUAUUCUAAUCAAGAAUGUAUAAAUAUAAAAAUAAAAAUUUAGUUAUUUGAAGAAAACAAUUUUAUUGAAUUAUUAAUAUAAUGCACAAAAUUAGAAAAAAAUAAUGAGAUCUAAAGAAAAGGGUAAUUGGGAUUUAUCACACUGUUGGGAACUUUUAUAGAAGAGUAAGUAGAAAAAUACUAAUAUUUAAAAUAAUUGGUUGAAACGGAAUAAUGGGAAUAAUUUAGAAAUCAAUAUUUUGAGAAAGCUAAAAAAAUAAAUAGUUUUGAAUUAGGAUAAGAAGGAAUUGAAGAGUUAUUGAACAAUAAAGAUAAUUUAUAAGAGGAAGAAUAAUAAUAUUAAGAUAAUAAUAAAAUGAAUGAAAAGAAAGAGAGUGAUUGAUUUUGUUUGAUAUAAAUAUUGAUUGAUUUAAACUUUAUAAAUAGAAAUGAUUGGAUGGAGUAAGAAAGUUUAGACAAUCAGAAUUAAUGAUGUUAUUAAGAAAUUUGAGAGUUGAAAAACAAAAUUUAAAAUCUUUU